AUGCGAUCCCUCUUUUGGGCCCUCGUGGGUCUAAGUGUGGUGCCUCAAGUGUUAGCGGCCGACACGCUCAGCACAAAGGGGUUUCAUUCAUGCUUGACCGAUUCACAAAUUCAAAUCGAUGAUCUUGACAUCACUUAUACCCGUUCCACAAGAGAACUGAACUUCAAAUUGGCUGGUACCAACUCAAAUCAACAGAAUGUCUCCGCGACAUUAUCAGUCACGGCAUAUGGAAACCAAAUUUACUCCGAUUCAUUUAAUCCCUGUGGAGAUGAGGUGCAUGUGGCUGCACUUUGCCCAGUAUCAUCCGGCGACUUCUCCGCCAACGGCGUCAUCACAAUCUCCGAAAGCUACGCGUCAGAUAUCCCUUCAAUCGCAUUCCAAAUUCCCGACCUUGAUGGCCAGGCGACACUCAUCCUAAAAUCGACUGAUGGCACUGAAGAACUUGCCUGCGUGGUUGCGCAACUAUCCAAUGGAAAAUCGACCAGCAGUAAAGGGGCCGCCUGGGCAUCAGCCGGAAUUGCAGGAGCUGCGCUAGCUAUGACUGGUGUCUCUACUAUCAGUGCAGCCGGAGCUGGAGCUGGAGCACACACAGGAGUUUCAGCAUCUUCCAGUCCAGGAUUUGGAGAUGUAAUGGGUUGGUUUCACACCAUGGCUACUAACGGUAUGCUGAGUGUCAGCUACCCCGCCGUCUACACCAGCUUCACCCAGAACUUUGCCUGGAGCACAGGACUUGUCUCCUGGGACGGUCUCCAGAACUCCAUUGAUAAUUUCCGCAAGGCAACUGGUGGAAAUCUCACUGAUGAUAGUCUGGCAUACGUGAAGAACAUGUCUAGCUCAAGCUCCACUAAGCGAAGUCUGGACUUAACGCGUCGCUCACUUCAGAUAACGCUAGGAGACUCCAACAGCACCGCUAGCUCUAGUGAUAUCGAUAUGAUCAAGAACCUCGCUGAGGAGCUCAGUAUCCCCUCCGCCAAUGUCUUCAUGACCGUGCUUCUAAUCUUCGCAAUCGUCAUUGCUGUUGUGAUUGUGGGAAUUCUUCUAUUCAAGGUUAUCCUGGAGCUUUGGGCGCUAUACGGCAAAUUCCCAGAUAAGAUGAUCGACUUCCGCAAGGAUUACUGGGGAAUCAUGGCACGAACCAUCACCAACAUGAUUCUGAUCCUGUACAGUAUCUGGGUCAUGUACUGUAUCUACCAACUCAAGAAUGGUGAUUCAUGGGCCGCCAAAUUGCUCGCAGCAGUUACCUUGGUAGUCUUCACCGCUGUACUUGGCUUUUUCGCGUGUCGUAUCAUCUACAUGGCUCGCGAGUAUAAAAAGGCAGAGGGAGACGCCGGCGGACUGUUCGAUGACAAGGACACAUGGCGCAAGUACAAGCUGUUCUACGAUAACCUGAAGAAGGAUUUCUGGUGGCUUUUCGUUCCCGUCAUCAUUUACGCUUUGGUCAAGGGAUGUAUCAUUGCUGGUGCACAGGGCCAUGGUCUUGUACAAAGUAUCGCUCAACUGAUCUGCGAGUGUCUUCUGCUGGGUCUCCUAGUUUGGAACCGUCCUUACGCUCGCAAGUCUACCAUGGGUAUCAACAUGACCAUCCAAAUUGUCCGAGUCUUAUCCGUUGCCUGUGUGCUUGUAUUCGUUGACGAGUUGGGACUUUCCCAGACCACCAAGACCGUCACUGGUAUCGUUCUCAUCGUCAUUCAGUGUGUGCUUUCAGCGGUUCUCGCGAUCUUGAUUGCCGUCAACGCGGUUAUUUCAAUGUUCCGUGAGAACAUCCACGAGAAGCGAAGAAAGGAAGCCGAGAAGGCCAACCGUGACCUCGAUGACCUUACACCACUGGACGCUCGUGAAUCUCUCUUGAUUGACCACCCACCACGACAAGAAUACACCGAGAUGAGCAAAUUCAACUUCACAGGACCCUACGAGGCUUACCGGGAUAACCCAUCCCGACCGGAUUCCGCCGGUAGCAAGAAGCGUCUUGUAUAUGCCGAUUAUGGCGUUGCCAAUAACCAUAGUCGCUCUUCCAGCCAAGAAUCUCGACAUGAUGGUCGACGAAGCCCAUCUCUUGAGGGCCGACACCCGACCACUCCGGGCUAUGGCAUGGCGAUUUAA